UACUUUGAAAUAGAAUUUGAUUCAAGAGAGCUUGAAACACAUUUUAGAAGGAUGGCCCAACACACAGAGAUUAAAUUUGAGGAAGGAUGGUCCUACUUGGAGAAAGGUGUUACCAAGUUUAUAAGGAUUCUAGAAGGAGAGCCUGAACCACCAUUUGAAUCUAACCAAUAUAUGAAUCUUUACACGACUGCCUACAGUAUGUGCACCCAGAAACCUGAUUACUCAGCACAGAUUUAUGAUAAUUAUCGUGAAAUGAUUGAAGAUUAUGUUACACAAACGGUGUUGCCGUUGUUAAGGGAGAAGCAUGAUGAAUAUAUGCUAAGAGAGCUUGUUAAGAGGUGGGAUAACCAUAAAGUUCUGGUUAGAUGGUUUAUCAGAUUCUUCAAUUAUAUAGACCGUUACUAUGUUAUUCGGAAAAACGUUCCAUCACUGAGGGAAGUUGGCUUGACAUGUUUCAACAACCUGGUUUAUCGUGAGGUGCAGUCCACGGCCACAGAAGCUGUAAUUGCGCUUAUUCAUAAAGAACGUGAGGGCGAACAGAUUGAUAGGGAACUAGUGAAAAAUGUAUUAGAUGUCUAUGUAGAGAAUGGGAUGGGAACUAUGAAAAAAUAUGAAGCGGAUUUUGAAAGCUUCAUGCUUCAAGAUACAGCCUCAUACUAUUCUCGCAAGGCGUCAAAGUGGAUCAAUGAGGAUUCUUGCCCUGCUUACAUGCUAAAGGCAUGUCUCCGACUAUGUUUUCAUUCGAUUCAGGAAAUGGUUGCAAAACAGCUUCUAGAAAAUGAGUACUCAGGCUGUUGUGCAUUGCUAAGGGAUAAAAAGAUGGAUGAUCUCUCUAGGAUGUACAGGCUUUAUAGUCCAAUCCCUCAAAGCUUGGAACAUGUUGCAGACUUAUUCAAGCAGCAUAUUACCACAGAGAGACGGGCCCUUAUCAAACAAGCUGACGACGCAGCUAAUAAUCAGCUACUAAUUGAACUACACAAUAAGUACAUGGUCUAUGUCACUGAGUGUUUCGAGAACCACUCCAUCUUCCAUAAGUUGAUGUGUAAACCUAAUGAAUUUGAACGCGAGGAUCAUCCAUACAUCACAAGAACCGAGAAAGAUGAGCCUCAAUAUACAAUUGAGCAAGAACUCUACAUGAUGGAAGAACAAAUCGAAGAAAGCGAGGGGUUCGAUAUUGAUUUCACAUUGUUCCGGUGCCUAUUCAAUUACUAUCCGGUUGAUCUCAAUGCAAACCGUUUCGUUGAGGAGCCAGAAACCACUGGGGAUUUACUUAGUAGGCUGUCUGAGAAAUCACUUGACGGCUACAAUGAAGUGGAGUGUACAAAGUAUGAAUUUGUCAAGGUUGUCAAAGCCAAUAUGUAUGUGUGUAAUGGGUACACGUUUCUCAUCACGUUUGAGAUGGCUCCUCGUGAUAAAAGACCAAACAAGUUGUCUGAUGAUGAUUUGCAAAGGAAGAAACAGAGCUUUUUCAAACAGAGAUUUCCUGGUUUUAAGAAGAAAGCUACAGAGCUCUCUGUUCUUUGCGGUAACUCUGUUGGUUUCAUCUGUUACGGUCCCGACAACGAUCUCCAUGUUUGGUCUCAACCUCAAGAUCAUAACCCACAAACCCUAACACAGAUCGUGACCAAGUUCAAUGCGUUGAGUGAUAACAAGAGGAAGCGUAACGCCUGCGAUCUCUACGACUUCCCUAAUCUCAAGGGUUUAUCCGGUGACGAGUUGAGGAACCAUCUCGUUAACCUUGACUCACACUUAGUCGGAAUCAAGCAACACAAGAUAAGUAUAAUGAAACGAAACUUGAAGAAGCCCAAGGAAAAGGAGACGGAAGAUGAUCAUGUUAAGGUUUCAGACAACGCCACCAUCUCAAACUGCAAGGUGGCUUCGUCGGAAGAUGGACUAGGGUUUGGUGACGAGUUGGGUUACGUCUUCCGUGGCUCCCAAGAAACAGUGUCCAACUUUGGAUCUUCUACUGCUUCCAAUAAAGGUUCUAGGGAUGUUUGUGUUUCAGAUUCUUCUCUUCUUGAUCCAUUCACAUUAGGGUUUUCCGGCCAUGAUUAUUUCCCGGCGGAUCCAAUGGCGGUCACAGGUAAUUUGGGGGUCUGUGCCAACAAUGGUGUUUGGGAUCCUUCUUGGCUAGAUUUUGAUUUUUCGUCAACACUAUUUACUGAUGAUUGGACUCUUUCUGGCUACAAUCCACUUCUGGGAGCCACUGAUUCUUUGACUUACCAAACGCCGGUCACAAAUAAUUUAGGCUCUGUCUUCUAGUUCUAGAUUAUGAGGGCACUGAUAACUACUGAGCAAUGUAAUUCACCUUAUAUUCUCGGUGAUCGAUUAUUAUCGUAUCUUGGCUUGUAUUUCUUGCUCCAACGCAAAUCCAUGUUUGUAAAGUUGGUAGCUUUUUCUCUCUUUUUUAUUAUUGAUUAUAGGGAAUGUAAUGAAAUUUUGUUUUCUUU